CUAAUCCCUCUUCUCUCUCUCGAUCGAUCUCUCAGUCUCACCCAUCCCUCCCUCCCUGGCUUUUUUACCCCUCACGGGCCGCACGCUGCCUCGCUCCCUCCGACCGACCGCCACACCACCACCCCCCACCCCUCUUCUCUCUCUCUCUCUCUCUCUCUCUCCACAUCCCCAUCGUCUCUCACCGCGUUGCUGCUGCUGCUGCCGCCUCGGCCACCGCGCGCCCGCCCGCGCGUCGCACGCAGCUUCUUCCUCUUCUUCUUCUUCCCCACCCUCUCCACCCGAUGCGGCGGUCGGCGCCGCGCUGCUGCUGCUGAUGCGGGCGGUGGUGAAGAGGCGACGAGGGGGAGAGCGCGGGCGCUGCUGCGGCUAUUGGAGAUCCGGGGCUUCGUGCGAUUAGUGGGGUCGUGUGACCCCACGGGACCCAAAGUGGAUCCAUUUCGACGGGGAUGGAAUCUGGGAGUGAGUUCUAUGCGGGCGAAGGUCUCCAGAUCGACCCCAAGUGGCUCAUCGACCCAAAGCUUCUCUUUGUUGGGCCACGGAUUGGCGAAGGUGCACAUGCAAAGGUCUACGAGGGGAAGUACAAGAACCAAAAUGUUGCCAUCAAGAUUGUGCACAAGGGGGACACCCCUGAGGAGAUGGUCAAGAGGGAGGGGAGGUUCUUGAGAGAGGUGACUAUGCUGUCAAGGGUGCAGCACAAGAACCUUGUCAAGUUUAUCGGGGCUUGCCUUGAGCCUGUCAUGGUGGUGGUAACUGAGCUACUAGUGGGGGGCUCUUUGCGCAAGUACUUGGUUGGCCUUCGGCCUAGGAGCCUGGAGCCUCGUGUAGCUGUUGGAUUUGCGUUGGAUAUUGCUCGAGCCAUGGAAUGUUUGCAUGCGCACGCGAUCAUUCAUCGUGAUCUUAAACCUGAGAACUUGCUGUUGACCGCAGACCAGAGAACAGUCAAGCUUGUUGACCUUGGUUUAGCAAGAGAAGAGACAUUAACAGAGAUGAUGACUGCAGAGACAGGAACAUACCGUUGGAUGGCUCCAGAGUUGUACAGCACAGUGACAUUGAGGCAUGGAGAAAAGAAGCAUUACAAUCAUAAAGUAGACGUUUAUAGCUUUGCAAUUGUGUUAUGGGAACUCCUUCACAAUAGACUGCCCUUUGAGGGCAUGUCUAACCUGCAAGCUGCUUAUGCUGCUGCUUUCAAGAACAUUAGACCUAGUGCAGAUAAUUUGCCUGAGGAGCUAUCAGAAAUCCUAACAACCUGCUGGAAGGAAGAACCCAAUGAGAGACCGAACUUCACGCAGAUCGUACAAAUGCUUCUGCAUUACCUUUCCACCCUUUCGCCACCAGAACCUCUGGCUCCGCCUCGGACGUUCAGUUCAGAGAAUGCAAUCUUGCCUCCUGAAUCUCCUGGGACAAGCUCCCUAAUGGCUUCUCGAGGCGACCUCGGCGACACACCGAAGGGCAAGAUGGAAGACAAGCCAAGGGGGUUCUUUUUCUGCUUCAGCCAGUGCUAUUAGCACAGAACAAAGGAAACUCCCCUGGAGGAUGCAAAUAUGAAGAGAACAUUACCUCCUGAUGCACAGCGGCUCGGAUCACGGCCCGGCGGCGAGUCCCGGUGCCCAUAGCCCAUACCCAAAGAAUGGCAGAAGUUCUUGUAGAACUGUUGUUUCUGCUAGUCAGUCCACCCCUCUCUUCUUCUGACAUGUUUAACAUACCGGCAGGAUAAAUCGAGUAAGCUUUUGACUCCUGCUAUCAGUGAUGAAAAUAGUUCUGUCGUAUAUUUUCGGUGGACAAGUUAUUCAAUGUCUAAACUGCGCCCGCUCAUCGUAUAGUAAUAAUCCGCAUUCAUCAGUUUUCUCCUGUGCUGGAAAUCAAGGGGGUGCUA